AUGAAUAUUGAGACACACUCUGCGCCUCACGAAUUUCUCUAUGCCCUGUGCAAUCGAGUCCAUGCCUUUGAACCCAACCUCCCUUCCCCGAGUGAUCUCCAGAUGCUUGGAAUUCAAGCGUUCCAGGUGGCCACAGCAAAUGACGAAACCAUUCAAUUUGACCCAUGCUUCUUCCUUCCGCACCCAGAGAGACUUCUCCAGAAAUAUCCACUCGAUGACUCCAGUGGUACCAGUCUCAGCAGACCGCGCACAUUGAGGGACCCUACCCCGACCCUUGAAGACUUUUUGAAGGACGAGGACAGAGACCCAUCCCCAGACCGAGGGGUUGUAUUUACCUUUAAGGACGUUUGGAAAGACGAAGACAGAGACCCAUCCCCAGAUCCAGAGCCUAAACUGGAAGAUGCAAAGGUUCGGUUAAAAUGGGCACUGAGAACCAGAGACGAGUUCAAGGACGAAUGGUACACACAUGCUGAUGAAGUCCACGGCCAUGUCGACCAGCAAGUUCAUGCAUGUCGAAAAGGACCAACGGGAACUUUCUACCUCCGUGAUCUCGUAGGUCAGAGUUUUUGGUCGUAG